UUUAGUGUCUCUGACAAAACCGGCCUUGUGGAGUUUGCCAGAAGCCUAACUUCUCUUGGUUUGAAUCUGGUCGCUUCUGGAGGGACUGCAAAAGCUCUCAGGGAUGCUGGCCUGGCCGUCAGAGAUAUCUCUGAGCUGACGGGAUUUCCUGAAAUGUUAGGGGGACGUGUGAAAACGUUGCAUCCUGCAGUUCAUGCUGGAAUCCUGGCUCGUAAUAUCCCAGAAGAUAAUGCUGACAUGGCCAGACUUAAUUUCAAUCUUAUAAGAGUUGUUGCCUGUAAUCUGUAUCCCUUUGUGAAGACAGUGGCUUCUCCAGAUGUGACUGUUGAGGAGGCUGUUGAGCAAAUUGAUAUCGGUGGAGUGACUUUAUUGAGAGCCGCAGCCAAAAACCACGCUCGGGUGACGGUAGUGUGUGAACCAGAGGACUAUGUGGUGGUGUCCACAGAGAUGCAGAGCUCCGAUAGUAAGGACACCUCCUUGGAGACCAGACGACAGUUAGCCUUGAAGGCAUUCACUCAUACAGCACAGUAUGAUGAAGCAAUUUCAGAUUACUUUAGGAAACAGUACGGUAAAGGAAUAUCUCAGAUGCCCUUGAGGUAUGGAAUGAAUCCUCAUCAAACUCCUGCCCAGCUGUACACACUGAAGCCCAAGCUUCCCAUCACAGUUCUAAAUGGAGCCCCUGGAUUUAUAAACUUGUGUGAUGCUUUGAAUGCCUGGCAGCUGGUGACAGAGCUCAAAGAAGCUUUAGGCAUUCCAGCCGCUGCCUCUUUCAAACAUGUCAGCCCUGCAGGUGCUGCUGCUGGAAUUCCACUCAGUGAGGAUGAGGCCAAAGUCUGCAUGGUCUAUGAUCUCUUUAAAACCCUUACACCCGUAUCAACUGCAUAUGCAAGAGCAAGAGGGGCUGAUAGGAUGUCUUCAUUUGGUGAUUUUGUUGCAUUAUCUGAUGUUUGUGAUGUACCAACUGCGAAAAUUAUCUCCAGAGAAGUGUCUGAUGGUAUUAUUGCCCCUGGUUAUGAAGAAGAAGCCUUGAAAAUACUUUCUAAAAAGAAAAAUGGAAACUACUGUGUCCUUCAGAUGGACCAGUCUUACAAACCAGAUGAAAAUGAAGUUCGAACUCUCUUCGGUCUUCGUUUAAGCCAGAAGAGAAAUAACGGUGUCAUCGACAGGUCAUUAUUUAGCAAUGUUGUUACCAAGAAUAAAGAUUUGCCGGAAUCUGCCCUCCGAGACCUCAUUGUGGCCACCAUUGCUGUCAAGUAUACUCAGUCUAACUCAGUGUGCUAUGCCAAGAAUGGGCAGGUUAUCGGCAUUGGAGCAGGACAGCAGUCUAGGAUACACUGCACACGACUUGCAGGAGACAAGGCAAACUACUGGUGGCUCAGACACCAUCCACAAGUGCUUUCGAUGAAGUUUAAAACAGGAGUGAAGAGAGCAGAAAUCUCCAAUGCCAUCGAUCAGUAUGUGACUGGAACCAUCGGCGAGGGUGAAGAUUUGAUAAAGUGGAAGGCUCUGUUUGAGGAAGUCCCUGAACUACUAACUGAGGCAGAGAAGAAGGAAUGGAUUGACAGGCUAAGUGAAGUUUCUGUCAGCUCCGAUGCCUUCUUCCCUUUCAGGGAUAAUGUAGACAGGGCCAAAAGGAGUGGCGUGGCGUACAUUGCUGCUCCCUCAGGCUCUGCUGCAGACGAAGUUGUGAUUGAGGCUUGCGAUGAGCUGGGAAUAAUACUCGCCCAUACAAACCUUCGGCUGUUCCACCACUGAUUUUAUCACACAUUAUUUUAUGGUUUGCUUGUAUGUAAGUGAACAAUCAUGUGUGAAAUUUAGAAACUUAAAAAAAUAAAGACAUUACGUCUUGGUAAUUGGA